AUGGCAGACCAACUCCAGGAAAACCCUAACACGCAAGCAAAAGACGAGCUUCAACGCACUGCCAAUAAGAACGUAGAAAAGGCAGUCGAGCACCUCGACGAGGCGGAACGCUGCCUCUCUAAACUCAUCGACAUAGGAAAAACGUUGGAAGACACCGAGUCAUACCCACGAAGGGAGUCAAAUGUCCAUCCACCUCUUGCGAAUCUGCCACCCAUCCCUAUUCCGAAAUUCAACGGAGACAUAAGAGAGUGGGAAGCACUUUGGGGAGCAUUAAAUUACAAUGUGCACUCCCGCCGGAUGGACGACCUCCAAAAAAUGACGUACUUGCUAGACGCCCUUCAGGGAGAGGCAAGAGAAUGCGUCAAACAAUACCAAGUAUCUCAAAGUACUUAUCCGAUAGUAAUACAGCAUCUGAAGGAAAAGUACGACAACAAACAAGCUCUCAUCCGUGAUUUGCUACAUAGACUACGUACAACAGAAGCAAAGACUGAACGCCUCGAAGAUCAAGAAAAAUUGUGUGAAACUCUUCACUCGAUAGUUGUUCAACUGCAACGAAAAGGGGAACUCAUCGAUACUCUGCUCCUACAGCAAUUACUGUUAGAGAAAUUCACAAAAGAGAUUCAAAGGCAUGCUCGGCAAAAAAGACGACAGAGAGCAGAAGAGGCACGAACUUGCGAACUGCUAAAGGAUAUCAAAGGCUACAUAAAAGAGGAACUAGAAUUACGGGACCGAGAGCAGGAAAAGCCCACGUUAAGAAUGGAACACAUAAGUCAACCAGAAAGGACGUUCAAAACUACACGAUAUACAUGCUUCUACUGCAACAAAGGAGGACACUCACCAAACGAUUGUGAGGUGAUAAGAACUCAACAAGAAAGAGUACAAAUUAUUAAAACUCGCAACCUCUGUUACAAUUGCGGUUCAUCAUCGCAUCAGCUGCCCUGCUGCAAAGCGGGCCCGUGCCGAAAUUGCAAUAAACACGGACACCACACGUCCAUUUGUAGGUACCAGUACGGACCGACUGAAUACAAGCCGAGAAAAGGAGGAAACACUACAAGAGACAAAACAAAGGCACCUUCAAAAUUACCAAUUCCCAUUCCAAGGGAAAAGAAGCCAAGUUCAUCAAAAAUCAAUACGGUAACUUCUGAUAAGACACAGCCGGAGGAUACCGUCGUUCUUCACACUAGGAGAGAACUCGUGAUCCUCGAU